UUCUCUCUACGGACGUCUGUUGUUUAAAAUGUCUCCUUAACGACCGAACUGGGAGUAAAAUAGGAGAAGUUUUCGCUGGACAAACGCCUCGAGUCGGAAUGGCUGGGACUGGCGAGGGAAAGAAAGAAGAGGCCGACUACAAGAGACUUCACAGCUUCCCUCUCAUUAGGCACACGGACAUGCCAGAGGAAAUGAGGGUUGAGACCAUGGAGCUCUGUGUUACAGCCUGUGAAAAAUUUGCAACCAACAAUGAGAGCGCAGCAAAGAUGAUCAAGGAGUCUAUGGACAAGAAAUUUGGGAGCUCGUGGCACGUAGUGAUCGGUGAAGGCUUCGGCUUUGAGGUUACACACGAGGUGAAGAACCUGCUCUACAUGUUCUUUGGAGGGAGCCUGGCCGUAUGUGUUUGGAAGUGCUCGUAGCACCUCCUCGCUGCCCCUCCUGCCCUCUGACAUGGUCACUGGGCUGGGAAUGAGCACCAGCUACCAGCCAGACGCUGGUUACAUUUGUGUUGCGGCAGGUCAGUUUGUCCACACAACCAGCCACUGUGGCAGAUAGCAAACCAUCACUUGGAGAUCUCGUCCAGUUAAAAACGUAGUUGGCAGGGAAGAUACUUGAAAGGGAAUUUUGAGAGCGGCAGUCACUUUGGCAUAAAAAUAGCUUCCUGCCUUGUUUGUCACUUUUCUCUCGUUUUCUUUCUCUGAAGCUGUAUCCACGGUCCUAAACAUUUGUGAGUGUGCAUGUGCAAGUAAGUUUAACUUUUACAAACAAUACAGCCAGCCAGGGUCUCCAAAGUCCUUUAUCCUCAUUCCUCUUCAGGGAGCGUGUGUGUGAGUGAGUUUAUAUGUUUGUGUGUGCUGGACACACACAGUUUUUUGAAAUAACAUUUCAUUGUCACCACCCUCAGCAGUUUGUGCAACAGUAAACUGUCCACGCUGUCUGUAACGUUACACACGUGUCUUUUCUCUCUCUCUCAAGCCGCACUAGUCUUUUAAUAAAAUUUGUAAUAUUUUUUAUGUGUACAUAUUUUGAUGCGACUUGAAAAACUUCUUUUUAAAGACCAGUGUCAUCUUCUUACAACUAAAGGCUCAGCGUCUCCUGAGCCAAGCAACACUAAACCCGAUCCACCUUUUCUCCCUGUAAAGGUGUUUGUAAUAAUCCCUAAUAAUAUCACCCAACUGAGUGAUAUUAGCAAUGUGAUUGUUUUCAUGGUGAUGCCAGUUUUAAUGAUCCAGUGCAAUGGACCAUUAUGUGUGAACUGACCUGAUUGUACAAUAAACACUGAAAUGUGAUGAAAUAGGAA